AUGUAUUAAUAUGUAGAAGGUGCCAAAUUUAUCCAACAUCUCUAAAAUUUGGAUUGGAAAAUAGGAUAUGAAUAAUUGAUAAUCGGAGAAUAAUUAGCAUAGGAAUUAAUAACUUCAACUAACAUUAAAGGUGUCAAUUUUAAUGGAAAUGAAAUUGUGAAAGGCAAUACAUAUCCAGUAGUUUAUGAGGAAUCAUAAUUAAAUGAUUCAAUCAUAUAAUUACUUGUCAUAAAUGGAUAAAUUAGUAUUUAUGGACCAUCUUUGAAUUUUUAAGUGAUAGAUCAUUAGUUUUAAUACAUUUAGAAUGAAGCAUUUUAAAAUCGAUACAAUUUGAGUUCUGGAACAAUAAGUUUUGAUGAUAGAUAAAGAAUUAUACUAAAUUCUGAAUAAUUAGUAACAGGAAUGUGGAAUUGUGCUUCUAUCUUUAAUUUACCAUAAAAUUAACAGUUUAUUAACUGUCUUCUUAAAUUUAUAAAUUAAAUCACACAAAAGGGCAAUAAGAGAAUUAAAUUUACUAAAUAAGAUUCCUUCAUUCUAGUUAUUUUUGAUGUAUCAGCAACCUGUAUAUUGGUGUCAUUAGGAGAUCCAACACAUAAAUUAAUUUAUAAGCCAAAAGUUUAUAAAUUAUGGGAGAAUUUCUUAAAUAAGAAUUCGUUUUCAUCUGAUCUUCAAUUUUCAAUUAAUGAAUACGAUCAAUUAGAAAGUUAGAUAUCGAUUCUAUAAAAUGAAUAUUCUAGUAUGUUAAAAUUUUUAUCAGAACCAUCUACUCAUUUAAUAGACAGUGUUCCAAAUAAAACAAGUCUUUUAAUAUUAUCAAAAUCAAAUCAUUAAACAAAUAAUCACAAUUCAAUGGCAAGUCAUUAAUUUUAAGGAUUACUUUAAGUAAGUAGCCAAAAAUUAUUUACAGGAAGAUCACAUUUAGAUACAAAAAGGGGAUAUCAUUUAUCUGUAGGAUAACUUUCAGAAAAUUCAUUUCUUUAAGAUGCUCCUUUAAUCAAUUAAAUUAAUUAAUGA